ACACUUGCUCUUACUUAUUCUCACCAAAGAGACAACGCUACUCUCAUUCUCUCAGGCCAUUGUUAUUUCAAUUUUCAAAUACAAAGCUAGAGAGAGAGAGAGAGAGAGAGAGAGAGAGAGAGAGAGAGAGAGAGAGAAAAGGGUGCUCCGUUCUCAGAUCUCUCUUUCUUUCACAUUCUUGAUUCAAUGGCUGAUUCAAGGAAGUACGUCUCUGAAGAAGACCUCAAGACUCACAACAAGCCUGGCGAUCUCUGGAUCUCAAUACAAGGCAAGAUCUAUGAUGUUUCUCAAUGGAGCAAAGAUCACCCUGGUGGUGCGCUUCCACUGCUCAGUCUUGCAGGUCAAGAUGUUACUGACGCUUUUGUUGCUUACCAUCCAGGCACUGCCUGGCAAUAUCUUGACAACUUCUUUACUGGUUAUUAUCUUAAGGAUUACUCAGUCUCAGAGGCUUCCAAAGAUUAUAGAAAACUUGUGACUGAGUUUUCAAAAAUGGGAUUGUUUGAAAAGAAUGGACAUGUUGUGCUAUAUACACUUUGUUCUGUGGCAAUGCUGUUUGUUGUCAGUGUUUAUGGUGUUUUGUGCUCUGAAAGUACAUGGGUGCAUCUAUGUUCUGGUGGGUUAAUGGGAUUUUUGUGGAUUCAAAGUGGGUGGAUUGGACAUGAUUCUGGUCAUUACAAGAUCACAAAAAGUCCGAGAUUCAAUCGUUUCGUGCAGGUUUUAACCGGGAAUUGCCUUGCAGGGAUUAGUAUUGAGUGGUGGAAACGGAACCACAAUGCCCAUCACAUUGCCUGUAAUAGUCUCGACUUCGAUCCAGAUCUUCAGCACAUGCCUUUUUUUGCGGUAUCUUCAAAAUUGUUCAACUCAAUUUGGUCAUGUUUUUAUGAUAGGAAGAUGAAUUUUGAUUCUGCUACAAGAUUCUUGAUUAGUUACCAGCAUUGGACAUUUUAUCCUGUCAUGUGUUUGGCGAGAAUCAAUCUGUUUGCACAAUCAUUUUUAUUGUUGUUUUCUAAGAGGAAGGUGCUCUAUCGGCGUCAGGAAUUUUUUGGGCUUCUUGUGUUUUGGAUUUGGUAUCCCCUGCUAGUUUCCUGCUUACCAAAUUGGGGGGAGAGAAUAAUGUUUGUUGUUGCUAGUUUUUCUGUUACUGGAAUUCAACAUGUUCAGUUCUGUUUGAAUCAUUUCUCGUCCAGGGUAUAUGUUGGUCCACCUCGUGCAAAUGAUUGGUUCGGAAAGCAAACUAGCGGCACACUUAAUAUAAGUUGCCCGUCUUGGAUGGACUGGUUUCAUGGUGGAUUACAGUUUCAGAUUGAGCACCAUUUGUUUCCUCGAUUGCCUCGAUGCCAUCUUAGGAAAAUUUCACCCUUUGUUAUGGAGCUGUGCAAAAAGCAUAAUUUGCCAUAUGAUAUUGCCUCAUUCUGGAAGGCCAAUGCAAUGACGAUAGACACUCUUCGGGCUGCAGCCUUGCAGGCUCGCGACUUCUCCAAUCCUGUUCCAAAGAAUCUGGUGUGGGAAGCUGUUAACACGCAUGGAUGAUUGGAAAUCUAGUGAAGCUUUCAGUGGUUGCUGCUGCAGUUAUUUGUACCAUUUUGAUGUGAAGUGGGUCUGAUAACUUCAUUUUGAUUGAUAUCUGAGGGUGGUCAUUCUUGGUGUCAGUGAAAGAAUAAGAUCAUCAUUGCUUGGAGGCUUCAAUUAUUAUUUAUUAGAGCUGCAUUUCAAUGGGAUGAGCUCAUGCUUUUCGUGGAUUAUAUUUUCAAAUGCUUUACACUGAUUACCUGAUGAGCUGAUCUAGUGGGUUCUGCCUCCUGUUUGUGCUCAAUAAUACAGGUAAGGAAUUAGUGUUUGGUUGUGAUAGUUUAGUGUGUCAUUAUAAGGCAUUGUAUCUUUCUUCAUAUAUUCACUUGAGCAUGUUUGUUAUUUCGUUGUUGUCAAAACCAAUGGAUGUAACAUUUUAUGUAAUAGAUAAUUUCAGCUUUGCUGUUUA